AUGCGGCUUCUCAACACUCACACCCUCAACUUCGAAGAAUUCACUGCCAUACCAGCAUACGCCAUCCUCUCUCACCGAUGGAUCGGGGACGAAGUCUCCUACGACGACUACUGUUCAAAGUCAGAUCGCGAAGAUGCUCGAUAUGAUAAGAUCUUUCAGUCUUGCAAAUUGGCUCGAAGCCGCAAGCACAAGUACAUCUGGAUCGACACUUGCUGCAUCGACAAGAGAAGCAGUGCAGAGCUCUCUGAGGCGAUCAACAGUAUGUGGGACUGGUACUCCAGUGCCUCAGAAUGCUUUGCUUUCCUGGUCGACGUACACUUCACCUCAAACCAGGACGAGAUGGUAUCGCGACUCGAACGAAGCGCUUGGUUCCGCCGUGGCUGGACAUUGCAAGAAUUGCUUGCUCCUCGGAUUGUUACGUUUUGUACAUCUGACUGGCGCAUCAUCGGUCAGAAGAGUGACAAACACCUUCUGCCUGCACUGAGUGACAUCACAUCGAUCCCGAAAGACUGUAUUGAGUACCAGUUCAUGCUUCACACGAAAUGUAUCGCUCAGAGACUCAGUUGGGCCGCCAAGCGCGAGACCACACGAACCGAAGACACGGCAUAUUGCUUGCUGGGUCUAGUGGGCGUGAACAUGCCGCUGUUGUACGGGGAAGGAGACAAAGCGUUCUUGCGGCUCCAACAGGAGAUCAUCCGACAAAGUGACGAUGAGUCCAUAUUCGCGUGGCGAUACGUUUCUCCUCCAUCUGGUUACAGGGCUGGAAUCCUCGCACCCCACGUCAGCUUCUUCAGCAACUCACACGGUGUGCGACUUCUCGACGGCAAGCGUGCGCCAUACUCUAUGACCAACAAGGGAUUAGAAAUCAGGUCAGAUGCCACUUUUGUCCCUUCCGUUGGCGUCUACGUCCUCCCUCUGAAUUGUGGAUACACACAGCAGCUACAAGCUGACGCAGGACGCUCUGUGAAAUGUACAAUCGUGAUACGCGCAGAAGAUGGCGCCUACUAUCGAGUUGCCGCGUCACGAUUAGGCGAGCAUCUUGGUACAAUGUAUGUUGGCCGUGAGACUGAAGCGGUUGAGGAGUCAACCUACCACAUCAAACUGUCACGAUGGCAGCAUAGCUACCAGCCAGCCUUCUCGCUUCUUGGGAGAUGUGUUAUUAGGUGGAGGGCCAGGAAAGGACGCGUUACCCCCGGCGAGUCUGCUGAGCAAGAGCAGACGUGGAUGUUACUCGAGGAGCGUGCGACUGUCGAGUAA